AUGAGGCGUUGGGCCCUGACCAGCGCAACGAACAUGCCCUGCGAUGACAGACUAAGAAUCCCUCACCCGCUGUUCUCGGGACAUAACUCUCUCUCGGACGAAGGCGGCGUGGCCAUCCUGGACCCGCCCCGCCUUGCAAACACUAACACCUGCCAUAACUCAGAGCUAAUUGGACACUCUCCCUUAGUUUAUAAGUCCUACGGAGCCCUGGUCGUUGACAACGUGCAGGGGACAACAAAUCAAAUCCGAGUUUCAACCGUGGCUGUCGAAUUCAGCCCAUACUCACAAAACGCCGACAGAUCAAGUUUCCUUGCCCCAUUUCAAGUGAGCCUAAACACCAGCGUUAGCGUUCGGCACACGACCGGUGCCCUUAUCCAAGCCGUGCCAUCAAGCAAUCACUAUCAGCCGUCCACCGCCACCGCCACUACGUCAUCACCACAGUCGCCAUCGUCGCAGCCGACGCAUGACCCGAACGGCGGCCGCUCUCCCGCCCGACACCCGACGGGAACAAGUCCGUGA